AUGAUUCAAUACGUGGCUUUGCUGAUCGAAAGUCUUGAUAAGUUGUUGUUUAUUAUUAGCUUUCAAAUUUUGUGGACAGAUGUCGGAACCCCGACACAAAUUCAAAUCAGUGUGGCAAACCCUGACGAAAGCUACUAUGCCUACGGAGCAUCGGCUGGUCGAGAAUGGUAUCUCAAUCCUGUUAUGCAGUUCAAAGACGACAGUAUCAGCGUUGCUGACCUAGCAUUGCUCAACAGGGUUUUCGAUAAAGUCGGAGAUUUGCUAGAUGAUUCUGCUUAUCGCAACUUUACCUGGAUUGGUAGCGGUCUACAAUCUACACUAAGGCAAAGUUGUCCGAAAGGAUCUUCAAUAAAGGUCAUGGUGUUUGCCUAA